AUUGUUCUGGAACGUCAACGAUUAAACAGUAAAGUGAUUUCCGCUACGGAUGGUUGAGGAGCACCAGGCUGCCAGCCACGAGUUGUUAAAUAUAACACUCCCCGCAGUGUCAUGAACUAGAAUCAGAACCAACCUUUCAACUCACAACAUCAGGUUACUAAAACCAGAACCACUCUGCAAAGAUUGGACCAAAAACAUGGAUAAUUUAUGUAGAACUCCAAGAGUUUUCUGCAUUGGAACGGCUGAUACAAAGCUUGAUGAGCUCAAGUUCCUUUCUGAGUGUGUCCGGUCCAAUAUUAACUCCUUCACUGCCAUCUCUUCCUUCAAGGUAGAAGUAGUGGUUGUUGAUGUCAGUUGUGGUGAGAAGGAGACCAAGGAUUUAGCAGAUUUUAUCUUUGUGCCAAGAAAGGAUGUUCUAGCUUGCUAUUUUGGAUCCAUUGAGAAAUCCCCAAGGAUUCUUACAGAUGAAAGAGGCAAAGCUGUUGCAACAAUGAGUAAAGCACUUGAAUAUUUCUUGAAGAAAGCUCAGGAGGAUCAGGUCCUUGCUGGAGCAAUUGGCCUCGGAGGCACUGGAGGCACAUCUCUGAUAUCAUCUGCUUUCAGGUCCCUUCCACUUGGAAUGCCUAAGGUCAUUGUAUCUACUGUUGCUAGUGGUCGAACUGAAUCUUACAUUGGAACCUCAGAUAUGAUACUGUUUCCAUCUAUAGUAGAUAUAUGUGGGAUCAAUGGCGUUAGUAGGGUUGUGUUAUCAAAUGCUGGAGCUGCUUUUUCCGGAAUGGUGGUUGGAAGGCUUGCAAUUUGUAGACAAGAUUGUAGCAAUAAUGAGAAGUUUACUGUUGGUUUAACCAUGUUUGGAGUUACAACUCCAUGUGUAAAUGCUGUCAAAGAAAGAUUGGCAAAAGAAGGCUAUGAGACCAUGGUUUUCCAUGCAACUGGGGUAGGAGGCAGGGCAAUGGAGAAUCUAGUUAGGGAGGGUCUUAUUCAGGGUGUGCUGGAUAUUACCACGACAGAGGUUGCAGAUUUUUUGGUUGGAGGCAUUAUGCCCUGCGAUAGUUCCCGCUUUGAUGCUAUCAUAGAGAAGAACAUUCCUUUUGUAUUGACUGUAGGAGCCUUGGACAUGGUGUCCUUCGGAACUAAGGAUACCAUACCUUCGAGAUUCCAGCAUAGAAAGAUUCAUAUCCACAAUGCACAGAAUUCAAUCGUCCGGACCACAGUGGAUGAGAAUAAGAAGUUUGCUGAAUUUAUAGCUGAUAAACUCAACAGGUCACCAUCAUCAAAGUUCCGUGUUUGCCUGCCACAAAAGGGUGUCUCGGCUUAUGAUGCACCUGGGAAGCCAUGUUAUGAUCCAGAGGCUACUUCUACACUAAUAAAUGAAUUUCAGAGGCUUGUACAGACUAAAGACGAUCGGCAGGUAAAGGUGUAUCCUUGUCAUAUCAACGACCCCGAAUUCGCAAACGCAUUGGUCGACGCAUUUUUAGAGAUUAGUCCAUCGCACCUCAAGGAUUCCGUGGGGCAUCACACAUAGAUCGGCUGCCUAUUGAACAAGCUAGCGAAAGUUUUGUGUGUUUGUCAUGGUUAAAGUAAGGCACUUCGUGGAUGCCGUCUUUCCUUUUUACCCUUCCGAACUUAAGAGUGAGGGGGCAUUAUGAGCUAAAAAUUAAGAAUUUACGUGUGCUUAGUAUGGCUUGUAGUGUUUCAUGAGGCGUACACUAACGUUCCCUGAAAUGUAAUGUGUUGUGCUAAUAAAAUGGAUUCUUCUAUAA